CGGACAUGUGUCCCUGAGGAGAAGUACUUGACAUCCCGCUGUUCUGCCAAGAGAACAUGCAGAGGAAAAGGUGUCUGCAACACUAGAGGAAAUCUUUGGGCCUGGACCCCGCCUUGGGGAGGAGGAGAGGGUGGGGAGGACGCAUGGCUCCCCAGAUCUCACUGAGCGGCAGGGGAGUGGCUCUGAAGAUCAACCGCAUCUCCCUGGCUGCUAUGGCCACCCCACAGUGCCCCAGUGAGGGAAACACAGAGGGAGUGGGUGCCCUUCAUCCCUGUCACCUCACAGGAGCACCCAUGCCCCCUGUCUCACGGCCUCACUCCACCCCAGCCUCAUGUCGCAGCCAGCUGGCAGCAUGGUGGCUGGGAGGGGUGGCAGUGCUUCCAGAACCUUCUCAAGGGGCACUGAGGGGAACAGCCACCCCUCAGGGCAGCAGGGUGGCACGCUCCUUCGUCGGGUCCUGUGCCACCCCUGAGGGGAUAACUCUGGCAUGGCCACUGCCUGAGCGCCUCAAAGGAGAGAGGGUUAAGAUGUCUGUGCGAGGGUUGGCAGGACACUCCUCGAGGCAUAUUACUGCCAUUUUGAAGGCGUUCAUGACGAGAUGGCUCCAGGCACAUCAUGGCGGAUGGGGGAAAGCCCUGCUCCUCAGGCUGGGGGUCUGGGCAGUGUUGGUGGCAUCUCUCCUCCCCGGGGCAGGCAGCCAUCGUCCACCGCUGGGCUACGCUGUCCGUGAGAUAGUCCGGCCAAGGAAACUGGCCCCCAGGGUGGGAAAAGCUGUGGAGGAAGAAGUGUCCUACGUCCUCAGGGUGGAGGGGGACAACCGCAUCAUCCACCUCACGCAGAAGAGAGGACUUCUGGUGAAAAACCUGCCAGUCAUUACAUACAGCCCCAGGGGGACAAGAGUGGUGGAGCAGCCCCAUGUCCCCGAGGAGUGCUACUACCUGGGCUAUGUGGAGGGCAGCCCUGGCUCCCUCGUCACGCUGAGCACCUGCUCGGGUCUGAGGGGGCAACUGGAAAUUGGGAACUUGAGCUAUGGCAUUGAACCUGUGCCGGGGUCCCUCACCUUCCAGCACCUUCUCUAUCGGCGAGAGAAGACCCAGAGCAAGCCCUUGAUGUGUGGAUUGAUGGAUGAGGUGAUCCAAAACCAACUGGGUGGGAUGGGAGCUAAAACAGCCUUAGGAAAGUGUGACUUCUCUCAGAGACUGAAGCAUACCAUGUAUGUUGAGAUAUUUGUCGUGGUGGACCACUAUCUGUUUUCCUUCCAAGGAAGCAAUGAGACCUCUGUGAUGCUUCUGGUUACAGAUACGAUCAAUUUAUCUGAAACAUACUACUAUCCUCUGAAGCUUCGCAUCUGCCUGAUCGGGCUGGAGAUCUGGACACGCAGCAACUUCAUCAGGUACAGCCAGGAUAUAGAAGAAGUUCUUAAAAAUUUUAAUGACUGGGGAAAUAGGGAUCUUUCUCAGAGGAUGGAAUACGACAUUGCACAUUUAUUUACUUACAUGGACUUCGGACUAAUCGUUGGGCUGGCGUAUGUAGGUAGCAUCUGCCACCCUGGUUAUCAAUCAGGCAUUGUAUCACAUAUACAGAGAGAUUUCAUAACCUUUUCAAUUAUUUUUACUCAUGAGCUGGGUCACAACCUGGGGAUGGAGCACGACAAAAAGGAGUGUGUGUGUGGAGAAGCCACCAAGUGCUACAUGACGGGAGACUCGCUCGACGGCGCCAAGGCUUUCAGCAACUGCAGCAGGCAGAGCUACUUAGACCUGAUCAGUAGAGGGCAUGGCGACUGCUUAUGCAACAUCCCAGAGCCCCACCGACUCUUCCAUUUUAAACAUUGUGGCAAUAAGGUGAUCGAUGAGGGAGAGCAGUGUGACUGUGGUGGGUCGCAGGACUGCCGAGGCAAUCCCUGCUGUCACCAAAACUGCAGGCUGAAGCCAGGGGCUGUCUGCUCCAUUGGGCAAUGCUGUCAGAAAUGCCACUUUCGUGCUGCAGGACACAAGUGCAGGUCAGAGGCGGACGAGUGCGACUUACCUGAAUAUUGCAACGGGACUUCUGAGUGGUGCCCGGAGGAUUUGCACAUGCACGAUGGGACGCCAUGCAGCGAUGACAGCUACUGUUACCGCGGGAAAUGUGCGACCUAUGACAACCUGUGCAGAAAAGUCUUUGGGAAAGAAGCUCGGGGUGCUCCAGAAAGUUGCUUCAAAAAGCAGAACGUGAAAGGGGAUCGGUUUGGCAACUGUGGCGGCGAUGGGACCAAAGUUGGUUUUGUGGGAUGUAAACCCCAAAACGCUCUGUGCGGAAGGCUGCAGUGUGUCAAUGUGAAGAGGAUACCCGUUCUGGAGGGGUCUGAAACCAUCAUUCAGAUGCCAGGCCCUGAGGAUUGGUGCUGGGGCACAGCCUACCAUGCCAGCAUUGAUACACCUGAUAUCGGAGAAGGGCUUGAUGGCACCAGAUGUGGGCCAAAAAAGAUCUGUAUUAACAAGACAUGCACAGAUGCCAUGGUCAGGACAAAGUGCGACAGGAAGAUUUUGUGUGGGGGGAAAGGGGUUUGCAACAACCUCGAACACUGCCACUGCGAAGCUGGCUGGGCUCCUCCGGACUGCCAAUUCCAUGGCCUGGGAGGGAGUGUGGACAGCGGCCCUCCACCGUCUCUCAUGAUGUCCAUGGUGGACGUUGUCCAAAAUAAAGUGUUUGGGACAGUAACUGGGAUCACAGUUCCCAUUGCCCUUGUUCUGAUUGCUCUCCUCAUUGCUGUAACCAAAUACAGAACAGCAAUAACUGCGUUUUUCAGAACAAGUUUAGCCACAGAGAGAAGUGAGACUCCUGCAGAUGAGGAGCAGAGUAUGGAAGAAGAAGAUGUUUAAAAAACCAUGAAAGUAGUGGGAAACCCACCAGCUGAGGUUUGGAAAGGACUAGAGGCGCCGUGGGUACACCCCUGAAGCUGGACUGCUAGUCCCAGGAGAUUUUCCACAAAGUAAUUUACACAAUGUAACCGUGUAAACUGUAUGAAAGUUAACUACACAAAACGAGUAUUUCCUCUUCUUGUAUUACCUACUAUGUAAAUAAAAUUGGGUUGGAUUCAAAAAGUGAAGCUGUUAGAAAACAGUGUGUAAAAGUUAGAGAGUUGUUUUCAAUGCAGCUAAAGAUCUGGUUUAUUUUCUAUAGAACAGUGGGACUUUAGUAAAUAAUUCACUUGAGCAUCUAAAAGAUUAUAGACAGAUU